GGAACGCCUUUCAUAUUGCACUAAGCAUCGAUUCCCCACCGGCCUAUUCCCCACCAUCCCCUCUCCUACUUCACACCGUCUUCAUCGCCAAAGGUUCAAGAGAGAGCUUUUGUUUCUUUUUCAGAAUCACAAGGUUUUUUGUGUUCUAAUGGCGUUAGCUCUCUCAGUCACACCCACUUCUUCUUCCUCUUGUGUCCUCUCUCGGAACCCUAGUCCUAAUUUCAAAACCACCCUUCUGAAUUUCGCCUCUCCAAGGAGGAUUCACGCCAUUAAUCCUCUCCAUAGAUCCUUCCAGUGUCUUCAAUCUCCCUCACAACACCUAAACACAUCUCCAUUCACAACCUCAGCCGUUACCUCUUCUUCUUCCUCGCAAACCACAGAGCUCGUUCUCCAGAGACUAGUCAAAGAAUUCAAAUCCCUCGCAGAGCCAAUCGAUAGGCUCAAAUGGGUUCUACGUUACGCGAGUCUCCUCCCUCCGAUGCCCGAUUCCUCCCGGACCGAAUCUAACCGGGUCAUGGGCUGCACGGCUCGGGUCUGGCUUGACGCUGAGUUAGGUCAAGACGGGAAGAUGCGGUUUUGGGCAGACAGUGACUCAGAUGUGUCCAAAGGGAUGUGUUCCUGUCUGAUUCAGUUGCUUGAUUCUGCUACCCCUGAAGAAGUGAUGGAAUUGAAGACUGAGGAUUUGGUUGAGCUUAACGUUGGACUGUUGGGUGGUGAGAGAUCGAGGGUUAACACGUGGCACAACGUUCUUGUGAGCAUGCAGAAGAAGACACGGCGGCUCGUGGCGGAGAAGGAAGGAAAAGCUCCGACCUUUGAGACGUUUCCUUCACUGUUGUUGACUUCUGAUGGCAUCGAGGCUAAAGGUAGCUUCGCUGAAGCUCAGGCGAAAUAUUUGUUUCCGGAGGAGGCACGGGUUCAACAACUAGUCAAGGUGCUGAAGGAAAAGAAGAUUGGAGUGUCUGCUCAUUUCUAUAUGGAUCCAGAAGUGCAAGGGGUCUUGACUGCUGCUCAGAAGCAUUGGCCACAUAUCUAUAUAUCUGAUUCUCUUAUCAUGGCAGAUGCAGCUGUCAAGAUGGCUAAAGCUGGAUGUCAGUACAUAACAGUUCUUGGUGUUGAUUUCAUGUCUGAAAAUGUGCGUGCCAUCCUUGAUCAAGCUGGUUUUGGAGAGGUUGGUGUGUACAGAAUGUCAGAUGAGACCAUUGGUUGUUCACUAGCUGAUGCUGCUUCUGCUCCUGCAUAUUUGAACUAUCUCGAAGCUGCUUCUCUUUCUCCUCCUUCAUUGCAUGUUGUUUAUAUCAAUACAUCUCUGGAAACAAAAGCUUUUGCUCACGAGCUUGUACCUACCAUUACUUGCACUUCAUCUAAUGUUGUACAGACGAUUCUCCAGGCGUUUGCUGAUAUGCCCGAGUUAAAUGUUUGGUACGGUCCUGAUACUUACAUGGGAGCGAAUAUUGUAAAGCUAUUCCAGCAGAUGACUUUGAUGACGGAUGAAGAGAUCGCCAAUAUUCAUCCUAAGCACAAUCUAGACUCCAUUAGAUCAUUGCUCCCUCGUCUUCACUAUUUCCAGGAAGGAACGUGCAUUGUGCAUCACCUGUUCGGUCACGAGGUAGUGGAGAGGAUAAAGUACAUGUACUGUGACGCCUUUCUUACUGCACACCUCGAGGUUCCAGGUGAAAUGUUUUCAUUAGCAAUGGAAGCAAAGAAAAGAGACAUGGGUGUUGUAGGAUCCACACAAAACAUACUAGACUUCAUCAAGAAGAAGGUGCAGGAAGCAGUUGACCGAGAUGUCGAUGACCAUCUCCAGUUUGUUCUAGGAACAGAGUCAGGAAUGGUAACAUCUAUUGUCGCGGUGAUCAGGAGUUUGCUAGGUUCUUCUGCUAACUCGAAAGUGAAGGUUGAAGUAGUGUUUCCGGUUUCAUCAGACUCCAUGUCAAAAACUACUUCCCCAAAAGGUCCAAGCUCCAUUAAAGUUGGUGAUGCGGUGUUACCGAUUGUACCAGGAGUAGCAGGCGGUGAAGGCUGUUCUAUUCAUGGUGGAUGUGCUUCAUGUCCAUAUAUGAAGAUGAAUUCGCUUAACUCGCUCUUGAAAGUAUGCCAAAAUCUACCUGAUGUGGAAAAUGUAAUCGGAGGAUUCAAAGCAGAGCGAUUCAAACGACAAACUCCACAAGGAAAACUCAUUGCGGAUGUUGGGUGUGAACCAAUACUUCACAUGAGGCACUUCCAAGCGAACAAGGAGCUGCCAAAGGAGCUUCUUGAUCAUGUCUUAAGUCGUGAGGGCAAGAGAUGACUAAACUAAAUUGUCCCCUUAAAAUAUGACGAGAUUUGGUGACUUUACUUGUCAACAAACUAUAUAGGUUAUACGUUUGGUGGAACAUGAAGAUUAAAGUUCUUCUUGCAAUAAGGAUUCUUAUGAUCACAACGAUUACAUUUCAUUGUAUACAAUAAUGUAUAAACAAAAGCAGAAGAAGCAUUUGGAUAUCCAUAUUAGAGAAGCUUAGGAGCGAGCUUAUUGAUAAUAUAUGUUAUGGGUUCUUUGCAACGUGCUUAUAUUGUGCGGCAUCAUAAGUUUCUAAAACUUGAAGCUUCUUUCA